AUGGAGGCCCCAAGCAACGAAGCAAGAAAACCAGGAAAGUGCAAUGAUGGGACUAAAGCUGGUGUCCUUCCCAUGGUCCAGCCAACUCCCAGCAGCUACCAGUGCCUGGAAUGUGGGAAAAGCUUUCGACGGAGCCUAAACUUGUUAACUCACCAGAGGGUCCACACGGGCGAGAGACCUUACCAGUGCCCCCAGUGUGGGAGGAGCUUUGCUCAACAGUCGAGUCUGACCAUCCAUUUCAGGAUCCACACCGGGGAGACGCCCUACACCUGUCCUCAGUGCGGAAGGUCUUUCCGCCAGAGCUCAAACCUCCUUAAACACAAGCAGCUGCAUGAAGGGGUGAGGCCUCACCUGUGCUCGGAGUGCGGUAAACGCUUCGCUCAGCGCUCCAACCUGCUCACCCACCAGCGGAUUCACACGGGGGAGAUGCCCUUUCUCUGUUCUGAAUGUGGGCAAACUUUCCGGCAGCACCGCAGUCUUCUUAGCCACCAGAGGAUCCACACCGGGGAGACGCCCUACACCUGUCCUCAGUGCGGAAGGUCUUUCCGCCAGAGCUCAAACCUCCUUAAACACAAGCAGCUGCAUGAAGGGGUGAGGCCUCACCUGUGCUCGGAGUGCGGUAAACGCUUCGCUCAGCGCUCCAACCUGCUCACCCACCAGCGGAUUCACACGGGGGAGAUGCCCUUUCUCUGUUCUGAAUGUGGGCAAACUUUCCGGCAGCACCGCAGUCUUCUUAGCCACCAGAGGUGCCACAAGGGGAAUGUGUCUAAUGGAUAUAAUUGCCCCGAGUGUGGGAAAAGCUUCAUACAGAACUCAGACCUGGUGAAACAUCUGAGAGUCCACACUGGGGAGAUGCCCUACACUUGCCUCUACUGCGGGAAAACCUUUCGUUACGUCUCAAACCUCAAUAGGCACAAACGAACCCACACGGGGGAAAAACCCCAUGCUUGCCGCCAGUGUGGGGAAUGCUUCAGCCACUUGUCCAGCCGAAACAUGCAUGAGAGAAUUCACACGGGGGAAAAGCCAUUUGGCUGUGCUGAAUGCGGGAAGACGUUCAUUUCCAGUUCUAAGCUUGCUCAGCACCUGAGGUCCCAUGCCAAGCCAGCAUCCCACAUCUGCAGUACAUGUGGGAAAAGCUUUUGCCACUAUCCAAGUCUACUUAGACACCAGCAACUUCACAAUGCUUGGAGAUCUCACUUGAGAAAAAAGGGAGACAACGGGACGAAGUGGCUUUGCUAGACUGAGCUCCACACACCAACUGUUCUAUCAGCAGAGGAGCCAAAUCCAGGUCUGAGGAAAUAUCUUGUGAAGAUGUGCUGGAUUCUGCAGCUUUUGUAGUCUGUUCCUCCCAACCACCAUCAUUCUUUUUUUUUAUUAUUAUUAUUAAAAAGUUUUACAAAGUUUUUGCAAAUUCUCCCUCCACCCCUCAUUUUUGGUCAACCAUCAUCAUUCUUGACAACUCUGAAAAAUGAAUACAUGCAUCCAGAUAGGAAUUUGGUGAGAACAUUUGGGCGGCUAUUGCAAAUGGAUCUAAUUUGCAGCAAUCUCCCUCUUCAGAAGCAGU